UCCUCCAGCCACCAGAAGAACGUUAUCUCUUUCCGGGCAUCUCUCACUCUCUCCCUCCUCCUCGUUCACACACUUCGAUCCAUGCUCGUAGCCCCUCGUACCCGCCACCACCACCGUCCAUGUCCACCGUCUUCUCCAACCACCGCCCACAAACGCUCGACAUCUCUCUCACCCGCCAAAUUCAAAUCCCUCCUCCGGCUCACGAACACCAUCAUCACCCCCAACCACGGCGACGGCAACAAGACCGCCUCCACCGCCGCCACCUCGAACCAGCCAACACCCUCGUCGGCGGGCAGGAUAAAGCGGCUGGUGCUGUCCCCGGAAUCCCGGGCUAAGCUCAACGCCUUGCCAGACCGCGACUUCUACUCCUUCCCGCGUUUCGUGAAGCAUGUGAACGACGGCUUCCUCGCCACAUUGACGGACCUCUACAGGGACCGGUUGAGGCCCGGAUCGGAGGUGCUGGACCUGAUGAGCUCGUGGGUGAGCCACCUACCGGAAGAGGUCGCGUACAAGAUGGUGGUGGGUCACGGCAUGAAUGCGCAGGAGCUCGCGAGGAACCCGCGCUUGGACUACUUCUUCGUCAAGGACCUGAACUCUGAGCCCAGGCUCGAGCUGGCCAGCGAGAGCUUCGACGCCGUGCUGUGCACCGUCAGCGUGCAGUAUCUCCAGCAGCCCGAGGAGGUGUUUGCGGAGGUGUUUCGGGUGCUGAGGCCCGGAGGCGUGUUCAUCGUGAGCUUCAGCAACAGGCUGUUCUAUGACAAAGCGAUCGGCGCAUGGCGAGACGGGACUGCGUACAGCCGAGUGCAGCUGGUGGUGCAGUACUUCCAGUGCAUCGAAGGGUUCACAGAGCCGGAGAUAAUCCGCAAGCUGCCCGGCUCCUCUGUUGCUCGGGAAAGCAAAUUGCCUUUCGAUUGGAUCUUCCGGUUCCUGGGAUUGCUAGGCGGGUCGGAUCCUUUCUACGCCGUGAUUGCCCACAAGAACUUCAAACCCGUAUAUGAAUGAGCAGAUCAGCCAACCACAAGAAAUAUGAAGAAGAAAACAUACAAGAAUGAAUGCAUCAAGUUGAAUUGUCCAUUACUCUUCCUGCAUGUGCCUCUAUGUCUGAAUUAAGGAUGUCACUGUAGCGUAGUACAUCAAGCAAAGAAUUUUCGCUUCGAUUCUUGUCGUCCAAAGAUGAUUCCUUGAAGAGCAAUA